AUGUCAGAUUUAACUCAUCCUCUUAUUCAAAAUGGUUGGUUCAAAGAAGUUUCAGAUGAAUCAUUCCCAGGUCAAGCUUUAGAAUUAAAAGUGAAGAAGAUCUUGCACUCUGCAAAAUCAGAAUUUCAAGAUAUCUUAGUCUUUGAGAGUACCGAUUAUGGUAAUGUCCUUGUAUUAGACGGUAUUAUUCAAGUGUCAGAAAGAGAUGAGUUUGCAUAUCAAGAAAUGAUUACACACUUACCAAUAUUCGCUCAUCCAAACCCUAAAUCGGUCCUGGUUAUCGGCGGAGGUGAUGGUGGUGUUCUUAGAGAAGUUUUGAAACACGAAGAUAUUGAAAAAAUUGUGCUGGUGGAAAUUGAUGAAACCGUUAUUGAGUUGAGUAAAAAAUAUCUUAAGGGAAUGUCUGUUGCUUUCUCUCACCCGAAGAUCAAUGUAAAGCUAUGUGAUGGGUUCAAGUAUUUACAAGAUUUGAGUCUUUCAGAUGAUAAGUUUGAUAUAAUUAUAACAGAUUCAUCUGACCCAGAUGGACCAGCUGCUGCAUUUUUUCAACAACAAUAUUUCAAAUUAUUGCAUAGUGCAUUGAAUGAAAACGGUAUUGUUAUCACUCAAGCUUCAGAAAAUGUUUGGUUGAAGAUUGAACUUUUGAAAAACUUGAAAGCCACAAUAAGUGAGAUUUUCCCAGUUGUUAAAUACGCAUAUACAACUGUUCCAACAUACACUUCAGGUCAAUUAGGAUUAAUGAUUAGCUCAAAAAAUCCAAAUGCGAAAUUAAACAUCCCAGCGCGUACAGUUUCAAAAGAAAAAGAAGAGGAAUUAUUCAAAUACUAUAAUAGUGAGAUUCACAAAGCAAGCUUCAUUUUACCAAAUUGGGCAAAAUAUUACUUAGAUCAAUAGAUUAAUAAAACAUGCAUUCUGUAAAUU